AUGGCUAAUCCACUAGAAAUGUUGGAAGCCUCAUGCACUAGACUAGUGCGUCGAAUGGUUAGCCUCCCACGAGCCAUAAUGGAUCAAGGACUAGACCUCAUGAGAAACCACCACCACCAAUUCCCACCACCAAAUGUUCCUGUUUACCACCACCACCCUCCACUAGAUCACUCCAUUUCUAAUCAUCUUCAACCAGAUCUGAGUUUUCUAUCAUGUUUUGAGCAACACUUUGGCAUCAUCCAUCCGUUCUUCUAUGCAUUAGUGGUGCAGUUUCUUGAUGCAAAUUUCGUGUCAUGGGGUGGUGUUGCUGAUCAAGGUGAGGGUUUGCAUAUGGCUACAACACUUCGGGCAGCUAGCUAUCCGUUUUGUGCGGUUGUCGCACCUGGUUCAGGCCACAACUUAGACGUGGUUCAACAGAUGGAAGGGCCGGUGACCCCAGAAGAACUAGUAGAAAUACUACAAACGAUACUCGAGGAGCAACAAUCAGCAUUUAGUAAUACAAGGGCACAAGCUGAAGAAAAAAGAAAAGACGAUAUUCGAUUGAUACAAGAACAAGAUGCCGCUUUUGCUGCCUCUCUCCAAGCGGAUCAGGAAAAGAUGUCAAAACUAGAAAAUAAAGCUCAACACGAAGAAAAUGCAACUGCCAAUGGUCAACAUUCCCAGAUUUUAAUACGGUUUCCAAAUGGAGAAAGGAAGGAGAAAACAUUCUCAAGUUUAGACAAAAUGGAAGCCAUUUUCAAAUUCAUCGAUUCACUAGGCAUACCGGGAGUUGGUGAAAACUAUAGACUCGUAUCAAGUUUUCCUAGAAAGCUUGUGUCCUUGGUCUUCGCCGACGGUAGCCAAAGUGGUGGCCCUCGUUUAUCUUUUGCAAACGGUGUUUGGGUUGAGCAAACCCUUUCUCUUAAACCUUCUUUCAAACAAGUGGUGGAUGAUGGCAUAAUGGAAACGAAAGCAACGACUGAAGAAAGAAAGCAACAGCGACUGCAAAGCAACGACCUCAGCAACGAGCCAGCUACUUCCGUUCUUCUCCAGUUAGAUAUGGAAUCAAAGGAAGAAGAACCAUUUUUUCUUCCUCUGAAUAGCUGUUAUCUGUAA